AGGGAGCCGCCGCCCGGGCCGCGCGCAGAUGGAGCUGGCGGGUCCCGCGCGGCGCCGGGAGUGAGCGGCGGAGCCUCGAGCCGGACCUCACGGACUCGCCAUGGAAGAGGAGGGUGUGAAGGACGGGGGCGAGAAGCCUCAUGGGACACGGACUGCGGACAAGGCUGGUUGGAUCAAGAAGAGCAGUGGGGGCCUCCUGGGUCUCUGGAAAGAUCGUUACCUGCUCCUCUGCCAGGCCCAGCUGCUGGUCUACGAGAAUGAGGAUGAGCAGAAGUGUGUGGAGACUGUGGAACUGGGCAGCUAUGAGAAGUGUCAGGACCUCCGUGCCCUCCUGAAGCGGAAGCAUCGCUUUAUCCUCCUGCGAUCCCCAGGGAACAAGGUCAGUGACAUCAAAUUCCAGGCACCCAGUGGGGAAGAGAAGGAAUCCUGGAUCAAAGCCCUCAAUGAAGGAAUUAACCGGGGCAAGAACAAAGCCUUCGAUGAGGUAAAGGUAGACAAGAGCUGUGCCCUGGAGCAUGUGACAAGGGACCGCGUUCGUGGGGGCCAAAAACGCCGACCACCAACGAGAAUUCACCUGAAGGAGGUGGCCAAUGCAGCUUCUGAUGGGAUUUUACGCCUGGACCUGGAUGUUCCAGACAGCGGGCCUCCUGUGUUUACCCCAGGCCAUGAUGUCAGCCCAGCCCAGCCCCGGGAGACACCGCAGCCUCCCAUGCCUCCUACCAAGCCUUCCCCAGCACUUGAGAGGACCAACCUUAGUGAUGGGGUAGAGACUCCUGUGGGGGAGAGAACCCCAACCCCCAUCUCAGCCAGCUCCGAGGGCCAAGAGGAUUCAGAGACGCCGGUGGGGGAGGAUGGUGGUUUGAAACUGCCCCCCAGCAACGUCUUGCCCGACAAACUAAUGGUGAGCUGGGACAACUCCAGCUUUGAGGAGCCCCCUGCUCCUGAGAGCGCAGAACUGUCUCGGGUACCCUCUUCUGACACUUUGGAGGCUGCCCCCAGGGAGGGUAGGAAGCCCCCCGCACCCCCACCCAAAAUCUUAUCAGAGAAAAUGAAGGCCUGCUUGAGUGGGGUAGAAGUUUCUGGUCCAGCCCUCAGUCCUGGGGCCGCUGAGAACGCUGCGUCAGGCCCUGAGCAGGUCUCAGUGAAUGGCAUGGAUGACAGUGCCGAGCCAAGCAAGCCAUCCCAGGCCAAGGGCACCCCAGGGACUUCCCCACAGGAUGCCGCCCCAUCUCCAGCCCUGCCCCGCUGGGACUCGCCGCCUCCGUUCCAUCCCCGCUGCUCCUCCCUUGGGAACUUGCUUGGAGAAGGUCCCCGGCAUCCACAGCUGCCCAGGGAACAGCUGUAUCGGGCCCAGCUGGAGGUGAAGGUGGCCUCCGAGAAGACGGAGAAACUGUUGAACAAAGUGCUGGGCAGCGAGCCACCCCCCGUGAGUGCGGAGACCUUGCUCAGCCAGGCCGUGGAGCAGCUGAGACAGGCCACUCAGGUCCUGCAGGAGAUGAAGGAUUUAGGAGAGCUCAACCCGGAAGCCCCUGGGCUAAGGGAGAAGCGGAAGGAGCUGGUGACCCUGUACAGGAGAAGCGCACCCUAGGCCUGUGGCACACAGACGCAAGCAUCCUUGGGGUCAUCGUAUCUGUCACAGCCUAGCCCUGCUGAGAAAUGCACCCAUAGCCCAGGCUGUAGAAGGAUACCUGGGCACACUGGAUUUGACCAGGACUUGAAGAAUCUCCUGGGAUCCUUCUUACCCUGACCUGACCCGGUGGUGCCAGGUGCCAGGGCCACUGUGGCUCCCUGGUCUGACCUGGCCUCCAGGCCUCUGGCUUGGAUUGGUCCACACACUUAGGCCCUGUAUGCUGUGUGCUUAUUCCAAACGGCCCAGGGCUUUGGCACAGUGCUUGGGGUUUCUGGGGUUUCUCUGGGUCCCCACCCCUAGUAGUUUACAUUCCUAACUUCUGAAUAGAGCAGAGCUGAGCCCUCCCCCCCCCCCCCCCCCCCCCCCCGCCUCGCUUUCCCCAUCUCCAGAUGUUCCUGGCAGCAGUCAGCCCCUCAGAGGCCUUUGGUCUAGGCUGUAGGGUCAUCUGUCCAGCUGGGUGAAACCUAGAGUCCAGUUGGAGUCUUAAGCCAAAUGAUAAGCAUCUUCCAGAAAGAAGCCCUUAGCUGUACGGCCUACUCUGGGCUUGUUUCCUUCCCUGCUGACCCCUCUGCUUUGAUGAGCUGUGAUGGGAAGCUCAGAUCUGGAAGAUUCUAGGGAGGAGAGGAACUCCAAGGGUCUCCUAGUCUCUGCUCCUAGACCAGUAUUGCAGAUUCCUGCCUAGGUAAACCUCAGAGUGGCCUGAUGUUAGCAAGUGAAAAACUAGCCAGGCACCAGUAGUUCCUGCCUAGCUACUCAGGAGACUGAGAUCUAGGGACAGCACUUAGGGCCUGGAUUUUAAACCAAUACCAGCAUUAAAAAAAAAACCAAAACAAAACUGAAAAACCUGUCCAUAAUGAUAAUAAAUCAACCUUUAGAGUCCCAUCUGUCCCCAGACUGUUGUACCUCUCAAAUGAGAUUUAUCUGAGUCUUUGGGGUUCAACCCAAACAAAUCCAGUAUUCCUGUCAUUUCUGUACUUGCUGGAGUCUGAGACCAAUCCCCAGUGCCACCCCAGGUCCCUCCUAAGGAGGGAGAGUAUUUUCUUCUCUCUUUUCCUGGGCCGUUCCUGGUCCCAGUCCGCCCCUAUGGCCCCUAGCUCUGGGAAGUCAUCACCCAGCCUUCUCCCCUGCUUUCCUCCCACCCCCAGCAGCUGGACUGAAGGUGGGGCCUGGGUUGGGAGGCGGGGAAGGGAGGAUCAUUGCAGCAGGCCCUGGCCUUUCUGUCCACUUAGCCCACCCCAGCUACCAGCUGCGCCCACUGAGGCCUUCCAACACCGGUAGAAACCUGUCCUGGAAGGAGUCCAUACCAGGCUGGGUGGAGAUGAACAGCAAGACCACGGCUCCUGAGCCCUCAUCACCUGCCCCAAAGCACACCCCUUAAACCCCCAAUGCCAUAGUCUGCCUUUCCUCCAUUUCCAAGAGUGUCCUCAGGGCGCAUAGUCACAUGACUCCCUGCCACCUUCCCCAGGGACCGGCUUUCCCCCACCAGCAGCCAGGGCUCUUGGCUUUAGCCAAGUCACCUGCCUCCAGGAAUUGGGAGACCCAGUCUCCUCCUCCACUGAGCAACUAGCUGGGCAUGUAGCUCUGAGCCCCCUCAGUGGCCAAAUCGCUGCUUCCCUUGCUUUGUUUGGCUGCCUGAGUGCCCAGGGUGGAGAGGACGAGGAGGGGACCCACAGGGCUGCCUUCUUAACCUUCAGUGUCUUCUGCUUCUAAAAGCAUCUUUCUUGAAGUUUGGCAAUAAAUCUCUUUUUACACAA